AUGGACCCCACCGGCGGCGACGGCGACUCCGCGGCGACGAGAGGGAACGGAGGCGGAGGGGGAACGGGGGCCGGCCGGUGGGCGGUGGUCGCUGUGUGCGGGGGGCUGGUCUACUACCACUGCGCGGUGCGGCGAGCCAGCGUGGCGUCCCUCGCCGCCGACGUGCUCCUCGUCCUCCUCUGCUCGCUCUCCAUUCUCGGCCUCCUCUUCCGCCACCUCCACAUCUCGGUGCCUGUGGAUCCUCUAGAAUGGCAGAUCUCUCAGGAGAUGGCAAAUAGCAUAGUUGCAUCCUUGGCUAACACAAUAGGAGCUGCCGAGUCUGUAUUAAGGGUGGCUGCAACUGGACAUGACAAGAAGCUGUUUUUCAAGGUGGUUUUUACAUUGUAUUUCCUAGCUGCUUUGGGAAGGGUGGUGUCAGGUGCUGCGGUUGCUUAUGCUGCCCUAUGCAUCUUCUGCCUCUACAUGUUUGCACAAAGCACCGAUCUGUUUGAUCAGCUCCCUUCUUGGGUCCCUGUGGGAAGGGAUUCUUUGGGCGGUAGUCAGGAUACCGCGUGA